CUCGUUUCUGCUUUCGGCUUUCGUACCUUGCUUCGGUUCGACAUCGGUUUUGCCGUUUCUGUUUCUUUUUGCGCCUCCGCUUUUUCGUCAGUCGUCAGCUUUUCUUCAGUGGCUCCGCGUCCGACAUUUUCAGUGUGGUGCGUUGCUGUUGCUGCCUACUUUUCUUUCUGCUCCCCAACGCAGCGGGAAAGGAAAAUACAUACACAUACACGGCCACAUCCCUAUGCAGUAAAAAUAAAUUCAACUUUAUUGCUUUUCCCGUCGCGUUAUCGUGCGAGUGUGUGUAUUGGAAAAGCAACACCUAAAUUUGAUAUGUGCAAAGUUUGUUGACGACUGACUCGUGCUGCCUGUGAUUCUAUUUCGCAUAACUGCUGACACACACAACCGGAAAGAAGAAUAAGAGGCAGAAGUUUUUGUAUACCCCCAUUGUUCUCCCCUAAGUUGCAAAUUGUAAAAAUCAGCAAGCGAGUGGCGAAAAAAACCCUUAACCAGAGAGAGGGAGCACAACGAGCCACGUCAAGGACGUGGGCCCACCCAUUUCCCCCCUAAAUAACCACCCCGGAUCCAAGCCCCCAAAAUGGAUGACGAUCAGCAGUUCUGCCUGCGGUGGAACAACCACCAGAGCACUCUGAUCAGCGUGUUCGACACGUUGCUGGAGAACGAGACUCUAGUCGAUUGCACGCUAGCCGCCGAGGGCAAAUUUCUCAAGGCCCACAAGGUGGUGCUGUCAGCAUGCAGUCCUUACUUUGCUACCUUACUUCAAGAACAGUACGACAAGCAUCCCAUCUUCAUACUCAAGGAUGUCAAGUACCAGGAGCUGCGUGCCAUGAUGGACUACAUGUACCGCGGCGAGGUCAAUAUCUCGCAGGAUCAGCUGGCCGCUUUGCUCAAGGCCGCAGAGUCGCUGCAGAUCAAGGGUCUGUCUGACAAUCGCACUGGCGGUGGAUCGGCACCCAAGCCGGAGUCCACACAGCAACAGCAGCAUCAUCGCGGCAAGCUUAGUGGCGCCUACACACUAGAGCAGACAAAGCGCGCCCGCCUGGCCACCGGCGGUGCGAUGGAUGCGUCUGGUGAUGUGUCGGGUUCACGCGAGGGCUCUUCGAGUCCUUCGCGUCGUCGCCGGAAAGUCAGACGUCGCAGCAUGGAAAAUGAUGCCCACGACAACUCCAACUCGUCCGUGUUACAAGCCGUCGCCUCGAAUCAGUCAAUCCUCCAACAGACGGGCGCUGGGCUCGCGGUCUCCGCUUUGGUCAGCACCCAGCUGUCGAGUGGAUCGGCAGCCGGAACCAGCAGCCAAGCGUCGAACCAGCAACAGCAGCCAUUGACCAGCACCAACGUUACCAAAAAGACUGAAAGCGCUAAACUAACAUCCUCGACAGCCGCACCUGCGAGCGGAACAGCUGCGUCAGUGUCCGCCCAACAACAGCAGGCCCAACAGGCGCAGACCACAAGCGAUGCCAUUAAUACCGAGAAUGUACAAGCCCAGAGCCAAGGCGGCGCCCAAGGCGGCGUCGAAGGUGAUGACGAGGACAUGGAUGAAGCAAGCGCCGUUGGCGGUGCAAGUGCCAUCAGUGGUCCCAAUCCUGCCUCCGCCUCCGCCUCUGCAGCCGUUCAUACCGGAGUUGUGGUCAAGCAGUUGGCCAGCGUUGUGGACAAAUCGUCGUCAAAUCAUAAACAACAGAAGAUCAAAGACAACAGCGUGUCGUCGGUGGGCUCUGAGAUGGUGAUUGAACCCAAAGCCGAAUACGACGAUGAUGCGCACGAUGAGAACGUAGAGGAUUUGACAUUGGACGAGGAGGACAUGACAAUGGAAGAGCUGGACCAGACGGCCGGCACCAGCCAGGGUGGUGAAGGAUCUAGUCAAACAUAUGCAUGGCAGCACGACAGAUCUCAGGAUGAACUUGGACUAAUGGCACAGGAUGCGCAGCAACGGGAUCCCCAAGACUUUGGCCACCUGUCACCCGGCCCCCAUCCCGGCGGCUACAGCCUAAUGGGCAUCAAGACGAGUCCCUCCUACCACAGUCCCAUCGACGACAGGCCCGUGAUCAAGUUUGAGCCGGGCAGCGGCCUCGAGUCCGACCACAACGAGCUCGAGAGCAACCGGGCCACGCCCACCCACUGCCCGGGCCACUUGCUGUUGCCAAAGACCCAGCCGCGGCACGGCAAUGGCGACAAUGACGAUGAUAACGAUAGCAACGACGAGGACAGCAUGGAGCCCUGUGACCUGCGCACUGGUCUGGCCAAAGUUCUGCUUGCCGCCGCCCAGGGCAACCCCUUGCCCCUAGGCGCCCAUCACCAGCACCACCAGCAUCAUCACGGCCCCCAUCCGCAUGUCCGUGCCCUGCCGCAGCUGCUUUAUCCGGCUGGGCCGAGCCAAGUGCAGAGGCCGGACACGCCGACGCGUCGGUAUAGCAGUAGCAGCGGUGGACUAGUGACCGGCGGCGGUGCGUCUGGCCAGGAUCCGUCGAGCAGUGCAGCGGCUGUGAUUGUGGCCGUGGCAGCAGCUGCCGGACUGGCGGCCAACAAUACAAGUGCCACGUCCGCCGGCGGAGGAGCUUCCACCUCGGCAGCAGCGGCAGCUGCAGCGGCGGCGGCGGCAGCAGCAGCGGCAGCUGGAGGAGGAUCAUCGGCUGGAAACUGGACAGGCAGCGCCGGAGGCUCUGGAGGAAGCAGUGGCGGUGGCGGCGGCGGAGGAGGAGCCUACGCCUGCGAUAGAUGCGGCAAUACGUACGCCCGGCCGCACAGCCUCAAUCGUCAUGUGCGCUUCGAGUGCGGCGUUGAGCCAAAGUUCGAGUGCCCCAUUUGUCACAAGAAGUCGAAGCACAAACACAAUCUCGUGCUGCACAUGCGCACCCAUCAACAUCGAUGAUACGACAACACGUGCUGCUGCAAUGGCAUCAUCCGAUGACGCCAGGCUCUCAAGCAACUGUAGUGGCCUGCUGCCCGGGAUCGUAUGGAUUGGUAUCGUAAACGGGGGAUCUAAAUAGGGCGGGCUUCGGGAGGGGCUUCGUCUCCAAAGCCCCAAUCACAGACACAGUUCAGUUCAGUUCAGUCCAGUCCAGUCCAGAGCGUUGUUUUUUUUUUAUGUAAUUUUCCAAAUGAUCUUGAAACAUAUAGUCGUUUUUACAUAUAUAUCUAUUAUAUAUAUACCAACUACACACUAACUCGUAACUAUGUAUAUAAAAAACAGAAGGGAGUUCUUAACCAAUUCUAAUUCUUAGAUCAUUAUUAAUAUUAUUUUUUUUUUGUAUUGCAUUCUUCCCUGAUAACAAACAGUUGAAUUAUUUUUGUAGCUUGUUUUUUGUUUUUGAAUUGGCAGAUAGGAAAAGAAUAAUUAGGGGAAGGGGUGAGGGGCGCGCGAGAGGUCCGGCGCCGCCGCAUGUUGCAUGAAGAUGAUGAUGUGUAAAAUUCUUAGGAAAACUCAAUGAUCUCAAUGAACUUUUUCUUGAUAAAAGCAAAAAACAAAACAAAAAUGCGGGAAAAAUAGGGGAAAUUUAUGCAUUUUAUUGUAGCAAGCAGCAGCAGCAAAAAAAACCCAAAACAUUCACAUUAAGUAUAGUGUAAUUUCUAGUGCAGGCCACACUCUCGCGCGCCGUUGUCCUUUGCCUCCCUCAUUCACGAGCGAAUCUGGGCAAGGAUGCCACAGACACCGAAAUGGAGGACGUAGAGCUUAAGUCAUUGAAGAGACCCCCGGAAAGGCACCAAAACAACACACACACAGUCGUCGUUCUUUACCUUUUUCACAUUUUUUUUUUUUCGUUUUUUUUUUAUAGUUUUGCUAACAAAGUCAAGAGGAAAUAGAAAUGUUGAAAGUUUGCUUAGGCACACGCACCCCCCAAAAGCCACAUUACGCAUAAUAUAUAUAAUAUUAUAUAACAAAUUAUAGUUAGUAGUUAAAAACGAUCUCUAUCUACUCUUUUUCUAAAAACAAAAAGAAACAAAACAAAACCAACAAUUUAUUAAUUUAUCUUGUGCUCAUUCCAUGUACGUUUUUUAAAAUUAUGUUUUAAUUACAAUGAACCACGAUAUGUGAUAGCGGGAAUUUUAAUUUGACCAAAAACGAAAUCAAAAUUAUCGUGGCUUUGGGUUCAGGGCGGCGCCUCCACACAUAGCAAACAAAAGGUUUUAAGGAAGACAAACUGAAACUGAAACAAAAACUAAGAACUAAAAACUAAAAACUGCAACUAAAACAGUUAUUAAUUAUUUCGUAGGGAAAACAAAAGAGCAGGCAGGAUGUGUGAGCAAGGCGAGGUAGGAAUUGGCAAUGUAAACGUAGCAACGGGUUUUGGGGGAACUCGCAUCGAGUCACAGUCAGAAAGGAAAUAUAAAUUGGUAUGUGAUAUAAAGAAUAUAGUCGUCAUUGUAAUUAAUUGUAAUCGUAAUUGUAUAUGUUUUCUUAUUUAAUAAUUUACUUUUGUCAAAAUUGAGGAAGAACCAAGGGAAGAGAACCAUUUGGAAGCAAACCCUGAGGAUGAGGAGGAGUCUUUGUUAUUACAAUAUAAUAUUAUUUACACACACACACUACACUACACAACACAAUGAUAAUCGUUGAUAUACAAAAACAAAAGAAAGAGCUUAAAUGUAUAACAAAAACUUAACUAAAACACACUUAGGGGCGCGCGCAUACCAUUAAUUUGUUGUCAGUUUUUAAAGUUUUGUGCCACACACACAAAAAAUGUGAUAAAAAAAGUAAAUUAAAUUACAGACAACAACAAUGGCACAAAUCGACACAAAACAAAAAAAAAAAAAAAACUAAAAAAAAAGCUUUUUACGAAUAUUAAAUAUGGAAAAGUGUUAGACACAAAAAACAAAAUUCUUAUCGGUCAGUAUUCGCGAAUUAGGUGAGGAAGGAAAUGCUAAAAUUUUAAUUCGUUGUAAACUUUGGUGAAGCAAAUUCGAUUGGUUAUAUAUCUGCUUUGGAUUCAUACUUUAAUAAUUAACAUUAUGCAUUAUAUAUUUUAAAAAUAAUCGCUUUCUUGCGCUAGUCAGUUUCUAGAGAGUUGUUUUUGCCUAUCAUUUCGGUUAGAAUAUAUCCAAUUCACCAUUUGUAAACGUUCGUUUUUCACAUGUAAUCAAUAAUCUAAUUUUUUUCUAAGGUUGUGGUUCUUAUUUAUAUCUAUAAAAAAAGCAAAAUAAUUUUAAUUACUUUUCUAAGCAAAAACAUUUAAUUUUGUGGUUACAACGAGAGGAACGCGAUGGAUUCAUCUAUUACCAAGCCUAUUUUAUAAUUUAUCAACAGCGCAUGUGAUGGACUCGAAAUGUGAACCAAAUAUACAAAGGGGAGAAGGAAAACUUGGAAAAUCCAAGACAGAGUCCGAAAUGUUGGCAGAGCUUUCGAGUCGAGUUAUAGUUAAAAUGUAAAGAGAAAGGCAUGUGAUAAAUUUCAAUAUAAUUUGAUUAACAAACAAACAAACAAACAAUCUAUCUACUAACACAAAUAAACCCUUUAGAACACACCCAAGAUACAGAAAGGCAGACGGAGGAAGGGUGUGUGUAUAACCCAUAAAAAAGUGAAAUAUUUUUCGAGAAAUUGUACUAACACCCCAGAUAACAACUCUAUUCUACUAAUAUGUGUAUCCUUAUUAAUUAAUUCUGUUACAUAACAACAAUAUCAAAGAUUACACACCCCAAAACACACAAACACAAAAUACACGCUAAAAAAAAGUUGUAAACAAGGAGCUGUGAAUGUUAAAUUAUAUGUAAAGCAAAAUAUAUAUCUAAAUAUAUAUUAGAUACGAAAACAAAACAAACAUACAUAUAAAGGAAUCGAUGUGAUUAAUUGUGAUUGAAAUGAAAUGAAACGAGGAGGGGUGGGGAUCCUAGAUCCCAGAUCCCAGAGCGAGGGCAAGGUUGGCAAUAGGUUGGGUUUUGGUCAAGAGAAAGGCUUUCUUUUCAAACACACGACACACAAAAACAUAAACAUAAACAUAAACACAUACAUGAUAGAUACAAGAAUAUGCUUUAGGAAACUCUGAUAUUUUGUUUGCAACACUUUUUGUUUGUUUUUAGUAAUUCUUUUCAUUUUAUUCUAAUAUUAUUUCUGGAUAGCAAACUAAUAAUACGAAAAUGGGGAAUUAAAAACAUAGCACACACAAUAAUGUCAAGUAAAUCAAGUAGCUUUAAGUUAACAAAACAAAGGAGCACGAGAAUGAGGAAGUGAGAAAUGAUUGUUAAUUGCUGUUAAAACGCACGCUUCACGAAUAGUAAAUAAUUGUUGACGAUGGAACGCAAAGCGCCGAGGAAAUCUAAAGAAGAAAAUGUCCACAAAAUGCAGACAAAAUACAAAUUCGAUUCGAGUUGGAACACCUUUGUACCAUAGCUAAACGAUAAUUUUACAAAAGAACUAAAGGUUUAUAUACAAAAAGAAAGAGGAAUCACAUUGCUUUUUGCACUGCAAUUUAGAAAAUAACAAAUUUAAAAUAGAAAUCAAUCUAAAUAAAUAUAUAUUUAUGAAAAGGAAAAUAUAAAUAUAACAAAACGAAACAAACGACGACAUUCAAAAUGCCAGUUAGACUAUGAGAAAAGUGUGCUUAAAAACUUAAAAACCAAUUUCAAUGAAACAAAAACGAAAUGUUAGAACGAAUUCAGAGUACAUUUAAUGAUGAUUGUGUAAUAUAUAAAGCCGAGAAAACGCCUUAAACAAAAUUUGUAAAACUAUAUAUUUUAAAUGUUAAACGAGUAAAACGAUUUAAUUGUUAUAAGUAAAAACACAGGCAGAAACCAGAAAACCAACAAAUAAAAACUAAAUUUAAAUAUAUAUUGAAAAAAA